UGGACGCUGAUUUGGAGAUAAAACUGCCAGCUGACAGCAGCGAACUGGACUUUGCUUUUGUUUUAUGGCUCUGAGCUGCUGAUAAGUUGACGCCCAGAGCUCACAUUGUUUCCUCGGGUCCUGGUUGAUGGGAGUAGGGGGUAAAAAGAGAGACAGAAAGGGACUGAUUUGUAUUGAGCUCACGCUUUGAAUAAAAAGAUGUCGAGGUACCACAAAGCAGCCAUCGACGGGUACUUGGAUCUGCUGAAGGAAGCCACGAGGAAGGACCUGAACACUAAGGAUGAGGACGGCAUGACUCCCACCUUACUGGCAGCUUUCCAUGGACAUGUCGAUGCUCUUCAGCUCAUAUGCAGCAGAGGUGGUGAUCCCAACAAGAGCGACAUCUGGGGAAACACUCCAUUACACCACGCUGCAGCCAACGGCCACAUGCACAUCCUCAGCUUCCUCGUCAACUUUGGUGCCAAUCUCUUUGCACUUGACAAUGACUUCCACACAGCUAUGGAUGUUGCUGCGUCACGUGACCGCAUGGACUGUGUGCGCUUUCUAGAUGAUGCCGCCUCACAGCAGACCAACCAACAUGCGAAGAAGGUUGCCAACCUAAAGAAGGAGGCGACCAAGGAAGCAGAGAGACGUGUCAAAGAAUGUGAGAAGGUUAAGAAGAGACACCAGAGCAAGAUGGAUAAAAUGUACCGAGGAGGAAACAGUGGGUCAGUUCCAGAGGACGGUGUGGCAUCAGGAGUCUCAAAUGCCGGCAACUUAUCUGGUGUCAAUGAGCAGUUCUCCAAGCUUAUUGCCUCUGACAAAUCUGGCUCCUUAACAGCAAGGUUUAAAGGGACGUUCCAGAAGAAGCUAGGAAAGAAAGACAAGAAUACACUGCAGAGAUCAGGACAAGAUGGGAAUGUUAUUUUCGUCAAACAAGAGAACGGAUCGUCUGAGAAGCCAGAGUUUUUAGAUGUCUUCAGUGAGCAAGAUGAGCGUAUGUACGAUGAUGAUGGAGGGGCUGGUUUUGACAGCGCUGAUGACAGUGAAGAACCAGGUCAAAUCCAACAGUCCAUCUUUAACCGGCCUGGCCUUGGAGGUCUCAUAUUCAUGAAGAAGAUGGGGCUGGAGUCAGAUGACUUCCCCAGCAGCAACAAUGAAAAUCUCGGCUACCUGGUCCAGAACGAGUUGUUUGAGGCAGAUGAAGAUUUUGCCGGCUUAGAUGGGACAGGUGCUGCAGACAUACCCUGGGAACAAGAAGAUCUGGGACUGGAUGAUGAUGAAGAUGAGGAAACCUCUCCUUUGGAUGCAUUCUUGUCUGCCAUCUCUUUGCCAGAGUUUGCCCUUGCAUUCAGAAGAGAGCAUCUGGACCUGGAGGCGCUCAUGCUUUGCUCUGAUGAUGACCUCAAAGGCAUUCGCAUCCAGUUAGGGCCCAGGAAGAAGAUCCUGGAAGCUGUUGCCCGCAGAAAGAGCGCCCUGGAAACUCCUGGCAUUAUAAAGGACAGCUGCCUGUGAUAACAGACAAAUAAAUACAACGUAGAACAACAGUUCCAUUAUAAACUAUAAAUGAGACUGUAUCCAUUGAUAAGAGCCAACAGGUUGAUUUCUGGUUGAUUCAGAAAAGUGUUACCCAAGAUGAUCAGACUUGUACAGUAAUAUUCUGUUUAAACUCUUUGUGCCAUAAUAUAGCCACUUACUACCCUCCACAAGCCAGAGUCAAAAAUCAUGUGACUGGACAAGACAAAAAAUCUGCAUGAAUAUGAAUUGGAUUAAAAAAUAAGUCCAACAUCAAUGUAAAGACAACCAAGAGAGUCUCUGGAAUAAAACAGAUACAGAUUUGUUGCAUCCAUA